UGAAGGUAAGCAUGUUGUCAACACUUAUCAAAUAAAAGAAACGACGUCGUUUUCAUGUGCAAAUCCGGUUUAUUCCUUCUAAUGGUUUCAUUCUAGAAAAUCUCAACGUUCACAUCAUCCUCGCAAAACAUUGGAAAAACCAGUAACCUUCACUUCACUUUGGAUACACAGCUUCAAAUCUCAUUCAAUUUAAUAUCCCCCAUGAGAACUCGAAAUGCUGAUUCAUCUUCGAAAUCCACAACCCCUAAGAAAACACCGCCGGCGAGAAAAUCCGCCGGAGAAUCUCCCGCCGCAAAACGCACUCCUCCUUCAAAACCCAAAAACGCUAAGAAGACGGAAGCAUCGCCCGCAACCGAUCCAGAUCAAUCUCAGAAGAAGAAAUUAUUAGCUAGUGCUACCACUGCAAAAUCUGGGAAGUGGAAAUCACCGGGGAAACCGCGAACAAAAGUGGUUGCCGUCACUCCGAAUUUGGAAGAGAAAUUGGAGGUAGAAGCUGAUGAAACUACAGUUAUAGAUAAAGUGGAAGAAGUUGGAAAUGUUAACGACAUCGAUGCAGAUACUAUGGAGUGUGAAAAAGAGGGGGAACAGAAGCCGAUGGAAGUGGAUCAACCUGUUGUUGAAAAAGUUUGUGAAUUGGUCGAAAAGGGAAAGAGCACAGUAGAGGUUGAACCAAUUUUUUCUCAGGAUGGUUCGAUUUCUUUGAAACAACCAGGUUGCACCCUUGUGGACCUUAAUAUUUCUGCUGCCGAUAAUGAAGAUUAUACUGGUGUGAAGGAGGGAGGGGAAACGUUGAAAGAGGAAGAGUUGACUGUACAAGAGGGAGAGAGAGGAAAGGAAGAGUUGAAAGCACCGGAGGGAGAGAGAGGAACGGACAAGUUGAAAGCACAGGAGGGAGAGAGAGGAACGGACAAGUUGAAAGCACAUGAAGGAGAAAAAGGAACGGACGAGUUGAAAGAACAAGGAGAGAAUGGAAAAGAAGAGUUGGACCAACAAAAAAGCGAGAAAGAAAUGGAAGAGUUUAAAGCAGUGGAAGGAGAAGAAGGAAAGGAAGAGCUGAAAGAAUCAGUAGGAGAUAAAGAAAAAGAAGAGUUAAAAGAACAUGGAGAGAAAGGAAAGGAAGAGUUAAAAGAAGAGGAUCUAGAAAACACAAAAGGAGAGGAAGCAAACAUUAUUGGACAUGAAGAGCAUUCCAGUGUAGAAGUACAAGCCCAGCUGCAAAAAGACGUUGAUCUCAAAAAUUAUGGUGUUGAAAGGGCAAAGAGUGGCGAAUCGAUAGAUCUUGGGGAACAAGAGAGGGUGCAGCUUGAGGAUGAAGAUCCAGAGGAAGAUCCAGAAGAAGACCCAGAAGAAGAUCCUGAGGAACUGCCCGAAGACACUGAGACAUUGGAUGAAGAGCAUGACGAGCAUAUGGAAUUUGAAGCCAUUGCAAAGCAACGAAGAAUUAGGAAAGAGCAUGAGAUAUUUGUUGGUGGAUUGGAUCGUGAUACUACCGAGGAAGAUCUGAAAAAGAUUUUUCAGAGGAUUGGGGAGGUACUGGAAGUCAGGUUGCAUAAAAAUUCUUCAACAAGUAAAAAUAGGGGCUAUGCUGUUGUGAGGUUUGCUAAUAAGGAGCAUGCAAAGAAAGCUUUGUCUGAAAUGAAGAACCCUGUUAUACGUGGAAAACGAUGUGGCACUUCACCUAGUGAGGAUAAUGACACAUUAUUCUUGGGAAAUAUUUGCAAUACAUGGACAAAAGAAGCUGUUAAACAGAAGCUGAAGGAUUAUGGUGUAGAAGGGGUUGAAAACAUUACACUCGUACCGGAUGUUCAACAUGAAGGCUUGAGCCGCGGUUUUGCUUUCCUUGAGUUUUCUUGUCAUGCUGAUGCCAUGCUCGCAUAUAAGAGACUUCAAAAGCCUGGUGUCAUCUUUGGUCAUGCCGAGCGAACUGCUAAAGUAGCCUUUGCUGAACCGAUACGUGAACCAGACCCAGAGAUAAUGGCACAAGUGAAGUCUGUGUUUAUUAAUGGUCUACCUCUUCACUGGGACGAAGAUCAUGUGAGGGAACAUCUGAAAUCUUACGGUGAGAUUGUAAAAAUUGUGUUGGCGAGGAAAAUGUCCACAUCUAAGAGGAAGGAUCACGGAUUCGUGGAUUUUUCUACACAUGAAGCCGCUUUAGCUUGUGUUGACGGUGUAAAUAAAUCAGAAUUGGGAGAUGGGACAUCGAAGAUAAAAUUGAGAGCUAGGCUUUCAAACCCUUUGCCUAAAACGCAGGCUGUCAAGGGCGGCAUGUGUGGUGGCCUCCGUAUUGGUCAGGCUAGGAGUGAAGCCUACCCAAGAUCCGAAAGGGGUUUUGGGCGAGGGCGGGGAAGACAGCCCUUCAACAACAGGGGAAAUUUCAGCAGGGGCAGGAGUUUCAAUCAUCAUGGGGGGCGUGGUCAAAUCAGAAGAAUGGGUUUUUGGGACGAACCUGAUUUUAGUAUGCAUCCGGAUUUCCAUCAGCGGCAAUUUGGUCCACAAGGACCUAUGAGGGGCGGGCAUUAUGCAGCUAGUCGAGGUGGCGCUCCUUUUGCUGGUCCAUCUAGACAUUAUCAUGAUAGAGCAUGGUAUGGUAUCCCUGACGGAGGCCCCAUUGAGCCUAUUCCUCCAAGAAGGCCCUACUCUCCUGGUGGACAGUUUUAUGGUAUCCCUGAUGGAGGCCCCGGUGAGCCUAUUCCUCCAAGAAGGCCCUACUCUCCAGGUGGACAGUUUUAUGGUAUCCCUGAUGGAGGCCCUGGUGAGCCUAUUCCUCCAAGAAGGCCCUACUCUCCAGGUGGGCAGUUUUAUCGUAUCCCUGAUGGAGGCCCCGGUGAGCCUAUUCCUCUAAGAAGGCCAUACUCUCCAGGUGGACAGUUUGACAUGCCAUUUAUGGGAAGGCAUGUUGAUGAUCCAUAUCUAUAUGAUGACAAUAUGCGUGGAAUCAAACGCCCAUUUCAUAUGACUGACCCUGAACCUGAUUACAUCGGGCCUAAUAGAUUUCGCCCCCGAUUUGAUUAUGCCGAUCCAUCUGUAUUUCACGGAACUCAACAUCAUGAUUAUGCUGGUGCUGGCAGAGGACAGUUCCCGCCGGACUAUUAUGCUUCUGACCAUGGUGGAGCUCCAUAUCCAUCUUUUUAUGGGGGUGAAGGCCCACAUGGACACAGAUACUAUUAUUAGUGCGAAGAACCUUCUGGCGGAUCUGGAACAGACGGAUUGACAUCUUCAAUUAGGAGCAUGCUGCUUCUCAAAUACACAACUUUGAAGUUGCUUUUUUAUUUUAUUUUACAUAUACCUCUCUGUUAUUCCCGCUCCAUCUGUUUUGUUUCUAUUUAUCUAUUAUAGAUCAUAAAGGGGGGUAUAGACUAAGCCAUUUAAUCUGUGUGGGAUAGGUUGCCUCUCAGGUCUUGGAGAAGAAGGUAUAUAUAUAAGAUUGUGGAAUGGGUUAGAUUUCCUUUGUUGACUUAGGUAUGAUAUGAUCAGGGACUUGUUUAUGAGGUUGCUAUGUUAAUGUACACUAUACUUUAUGAUCAAUCAAGUAUCAUUUUGAUGAUUGGAAACUGGAAAGUUUAUAGGACUACCAGAAGCAAAAUCUCGAGGUGAUAGAUUAUCUUUAAGUGAUAGAGAAGGAAUGAUAUUUGAAUAUUGCAUAUGGUGAGGCUCUUGCAGUUCUUAUGAAGGAUCUGGAGAAUUUACUUAUUUUAUGAUUAGGAGCUAUACUUUGGUCUGAACAUAAAGCCUUACCAUAUUUUUGGAGUUCUUUUGAUUGGGUAGGAUCCUUUUGAAUAUUUAUUGCCCAUACCGAAGCAUCCUUUUUUAUGGAAAAACCAUUUGUUUGUUUAUUGAAAUUCUGGAAGAUAAGGUUGACCUUUAAUGGAAUGGCGUUUAUGAAUGCUGUUAUAGUUAUAUGGAGAAAACAAUCUAUUUGAUUGAUUUGGUUCCUUAUGAUGCCAAGUAAUGGUUAAUUUGGGUAUAGUUGAGGAGAUCUCCAUUUUAUUACUUUCUGGUUUCUGAUGUACCAUUGGCAUCAACUAAGAAUGAAAUCACUUGGUGUGGGGUGAGAAUGUCCGAUGGUGUGGGCAUCUAAGGAUGUAUGCACCUUACUGUUUUAAUUGUCAUUGAAAUUUAUAUUGGAUGGUUCUGUAAACCAUUUAGUGAGCUUCUAGGCAAAUGGAUUUGUUGGAAAAAUAAUUAUUCAUCUUGGGAUUAAGACUACCAGGUUCUCUCUUUCUGUGUUUUUUUUAUAGAUUUUUUUUCUUAGUGAAUAGGUAGGUGGUGGGUGCAACGUGAUAAGAGUAGUACUACUCUGUAUCUAGGGCCUGUUUCUUGAAUAUUAAUGACUUAUGACUAUGUCAUGGAAACAGGCUCUCUCUACCUUCCAAAUCUGGUAGGGUAUAUUUAGGAGAGAAAUAGUUGAUUGAAUAAAAUUAUUUGGAUGAGAGAUAGUGUUUGGUUAAGAGAGAGACAGUUACAAAGGUAGCGAUGAUUGAGGGUAUAGAAUCCCUAGCCCAUUGUGUCAUAUAUAAGAGUUUAAGGUGUAAUGUGAUUUAGUCAGAGAUAAUAAUAAUUGUUAAAAACAGUGAAGGUUACCUAGGAAUAUGACCUGGAUUGUAGAUGUACAGUGUGCAUAAGCUUUGCUAGUCAUACUCGAAGAUUUUUUCUAGGAUUUUUCUUAAUGUAGAUUUUUCUAGGAUUUUCUUCAAGUGCCAUAAAUUACUGUUCUCUAGUUUUAGAAUACUCAGGCUAUGUAAAUUAUUGAAGAUAGUUAGCAUUCCUUUGCUUUUAGCUUUUAUUUGUCUUUCAACCAUCAUAUGUUUGUAAUGAUUUAUCAAAUUAUGUAGCAUGUCGAACUUUGAUCAAGACAAGGUGAAGUUGCUGUGUUGAAAAAUGUAUUUAAUAUACAAGAUGCAUAUUUGUUUGUG